AUGUCCACCUAUGAACAUGAUCUAUUGGGAAGAAAGGAAACAAAUACUAUGAUAGAAGGUUCAAUUGAUGGUGAUGACGGAUCUCUGUUGCAACAAGAACAGAUAAAAUCUCAGAAAGUGAUAAGUGCGGUGGCAAAACAGGAUGGAUUUGAUGAUGAUACCAGAUGUUGGGCUGUACUGGAGGGUGAAGACUAUCUAAAUCAUUGCAAGCUAUCGGAUCAAAAUAACAGGUUUCAAGAUCUUGAAUUGCAAAAUCCCCCAGAACAAAACUCCAAAUCGAACUUUGAUAUCCCGGAUGGAGGUUAUGGCUGGGUAGUGGUUGGCGCGGUGUGUUGCAUCAACGCGUGCAGUUGGGGAGCUAUUGCUGGGUUCUCUGUCAUUUUAGCUUAUUACAUGCAACACUCUGUGUUUGAAGAUGGAAGUAAAAUGGCUUACUCAGUGAUCUCCGGGCUCUCCUUUGGUGCCGGGCUAAUUUUCUCGCCAUUGGUGAUCUACUUGGCUGGGAUUUCCAAUGCCAACAUUGUGGUAUUUUCUGGCGGGGCUUGCCAGUUUAUAUCUCUCUUUUGUGCCUCUUACGCUACGAAAAUCUACCAAAUUUAUUUGACCCAGGGAUUAUUGAGCGGCCUCGCGUUAUCAUUAAUUGGUAGUUACACCCCAUCAAUUCCUCCUCAAUGGUUUGUUAAACGAAGAAGUUUUGCUAUGGGGUUGACCACUUGUGGGGCCGGAAUGGGAGCGCUUUUGUUUAAUUUAACAAUGCAGAGAAUAAUCGACAUCAAAUCGGUUCAGUGGGCCCUAAGGACUGAAGCUAUCAUUAUUUUCCUGUUGGUAUCGAUUUCCGCAGCCCUUUUGCGAACCAGAACCCAGGUCAUUAACCCCCAGUUGAAAUUCUGGGAUGGGACGGUGGCUAAAACGUUUCCAUUCUGGAUGCACAUUGUGUACAACUUCACCGCGAUUUUGAGCUUUGUAACGGUACAAUACGUCAUUGCCGACGCCACGAGGUCAUUGGGUUAUUCUGCUGAUCAAGGGGCCGAUACCAGUGCAUUAAUGGCCACGGGAGUCAUUAUUGGCCGUCCAUUGUUGGGAUUUAUCUCGGAUCGGCUUGGUGCGGUGACCGUGGGGAUCUGGACUUAUGCUGUGUGUGCUCUUUUCACUUUAGCAAUGUGGAUGCCAGGUCGCAACUUGGCCACAAUUUACGCCUAUUCUUUAAUAAUCGGGGGUCUUAUGGGAUUCAAUUGGGGUGCCAAUGGGGCGAUCAUCCCUCGUAUCACCGGACUUAAAAGAGCUCCAGCAACUUUCGGCAUGACUUGGGUAUUCAUUGGCAUUGCGGGGAUAGUGUCCCCGAUCAUUGGAUUAGGGUUGAAAAGGUCUAAUUCAGAACAUCAUCAGUAUGAAUAUGUGGCAUUAUUUGCUGGUAUUUCAUUUGCAACUACUGCCACAGCAUUAUUCUUUUUAAGAGGAUACCUUGUAGCUAGGGAUUCACUCGUUCUUGAAGAUGAAAACCUCAAAGAUGGUGAUCGAGACAAUGAUAAUGAGUUACAUGUCAAUGUGCCAUGGAAAUCGCUGUUAGAGAAGAUGUUCACGCUCAAAUCUCCUUUGAAGGUUUGA